AUGGAAUUCACUCCUUCCGACUCUGCUGCCGCUCCCAGCCGCGGCGCCUGCUACUCAUGCCGUGAGUGCUCCGAGCCUAUGAAGGAGAACAAGUCGUGCUACAAGUGCGGCCAGCCCGGUCACCUUUCUCGCGAGUGCCCCACUGCCGGAGGCAACGGCCAGUCUACCGAGUGCUACAAGUGCGGUGAUAUGGGCCACAUUGCUCGUCAUUGCACCAAAGCUUCUUCGUAUGGUGGCGGCAACUACCGAGGCGGCCAAGGUGGCCAAGGUGGCCAGGGCGGCCCUGGAGGAUACGACGGCGGUGCCGGCAAGACCUGCUACUCCUGCGGCGGCUACGGCCACAUGUCUCGUAGGGAAACCUUUUCCAAUCACUGUACCCUUUUAACUAACACUGCCCAGGCGAGUGCGUCAACGGCAUGCGGUGCUACAACUGCGGCGAGUCUGGUCACUACUCGCGCGACUGCCCCAAGGAGUCCACCGGUGGCGAAAAGAUUUGCUACAAGUGCCAGCAGUCCGGCCACGUCCAGGCUGCUUGCCCCAACAACUAAAUCAUGCGGCAAAGCAACACUCGGCUCACCCGAGCUUGAAGUUGGCGUGGCAGCUCUAUGA